AUUGCAUACUGGUGAUCGACUCUUCGAUGGAAUUUAACAAGAUGCAUGAGGUGCAGUAUGCAAGCCAUGGCUGCUUCUGCAAGUGCCGCCUGUGCGGUAUCAGCCUCUGUCGAGCCAUGCCUACUCGAAACAGCAGUUGUGCCCAUUCGACUAGGCUUCCAUCGCCGAGGUCUCCCAAGUUCAGCUCUUGUUUCGGCGAAGUAAUGGUGAUUUUGUACACGAGCAUUACUUGGAUUGAAGUUAGAUGCCUGAAAGCCAUUUCCGAGAACCAAAUCGAGCAGUCUCAUGGUUCGAAAGGCGAUGAGGCCGUGUAUUCGGGAGCCACGAAGCGCAGCGGAGAUAGGGUGGGACCCAAGAGGCGAAAGGACCGAGAAUCGGAUUGGACACCAUCCAAACGGAACCAACCGGGCGCUGGAUGUCCCCUAGUGCGCCAUUCAACCGCGCCCUCAGCAACAACAGCAGCAUGUGUUCCCAUCACGCUCUGCGAGCGUCCGUCGAACGGAUCACGCUCGACCACUAGCAGUCCACUGACCAUGUGUGUUUUUUUGGGUUCCGGUCACAGCUUUUCUCGUAGAGAUGUCGGUUACUUCGCUGCUGCGUUCGUGGGAGCUUAGAGCGUUAAGGCUAGAUCAGUAUCUCGCGU